AUCAUCGCUUUCGAUUGCGGUAGAGGAGGGAUUGCGUUUGCGUAUGCGUACUGCUCUUGAGUUUUCUCCUUCUCUAUCUCACCGCCUCUAUCAAUCCAUCAGCUAUCCUUAAACCCAAGAUAUUCGAUUACUUUCUUCUUUCAUUCACUUUAACGUAAUACAUCAUUUGAUUUUCUAUCCAAACCCUAGUUCAUGGACAACUCCAAAGACCAAGGAAGCAAGAUCGCCAAUAACGAAGAGAACCCUUCCAAUAAUUCUGAAACUCUUGUUGGUUCUUCGGUUCUUCCUGUUGUUGGUGAGGAAAAUGGCAACCCAAACCGGUCUUCUUCGGUUGCCAGAACCCCGUUCACCAAUCUCAGUCAGGUCGAUGCUGAUCUUGCCCUGGCUCGUACACUACAAGACCAGGAAAGGGCAUAUAUGAUGUUGAGAAUGAAUGGUGAUGGGAGUGAACAUGAGAGUUGGGAAACUGGAAGUUAUGCGCAUGAUGAUGAUGAUGAAUUUGAUCAUCACAAUAGUGAAUAUGAUGGUUCUGAUGCCGAUGAAGGAGAAGAUGCAUUUGAUGUCCAUGGUCAUCUUGAUCUUGGAUCUGGAGAGGAGGAUAUAGGCAACCAAGGUGUUGAUUUGGAUCCUGCUUCUUUUCCAAAUGACGAGGCCUAUGCAAGAGCUUUACAAGAUGCUGAAGAUCAAGAAAUGGCAGCUAGAUUUUUGGCCCUCACUGGCAUAAAUGAAAUGGUUACAGAGGAAGAUGAUGAUAUUGAUGAUCAUGGUGGUAAUUCUCAGGAUACAUGGGAUGAUGUUGACCCAGAUGAACUAUCAUAUGAGGAAUUGCUUGCACUGGGUGAAGUAGUUGGGACUGAAAGUCGAGGGCUUUCUGCUGAUUCAAUUGCUUCUCUGCGUUCAGUUGUAUACAAGACCCAAAAUAGUCAUAAUGGAAGCAGUGAAACAUGUGUUAUUUGUCGCCUAGACUAUGAGGAUGGUGAUAACUUGAUCUUACUUUCAUGCAAACACUCGUACCAUUCUGAGUGCAUAACCAACUGGCUACAGAUAAACAAGGUGUGCCCUGUCUGCAGCACAGAGGUCUCAACAUCUGGAAGCGCUAGUUGAUGUACAUUCGUGGUGUUUUUAUGUUGCUGCAGAAGACAAAACGAAACCCUGGUUCCAAAAUAUCCUUUCAAAGACCAUAAUAUCCCUCAUUUGUAACGAUUCUUGGUUAUGUUGUAGUUGGUUAGCAGCUUUUCUUAUGCAAACUUUCUUUGGAUCAUAAUUCUGAUUUGUCUCAAUGUCUAUMGGAUCGUGGUGCCAGUUGAUGUCUAUUUUUGUC